CCUAAGAAAGGGGCGGAGACAAUUUUGUUGUCAUCGAAGAUGAUUGAACGGCGAUGACCGCAGAUUUUCACGCAUGAAAAGAAGGGAUUUACGUAUCAGAGGCUGUACCCCAAUGGGAAGUUUAUCGGCGAUAAGAAAAGAGAAAGGAGCCUUAUGAAGACCGGGGACGACGGAGCCCCCAGACCGGGCGAUGUGUCCUAAACAGAGCCAGCUGUGCCUCGGCACCGAGGGUCUCUGCCCACCGGCAUAUCCGUGACAGCUGACCUCCCAAAAAUGACCCGACUGGUGUGGACACUUGAGUGAUAAUUUCUCGGAGACUAAGCUGAUCACUUGGCAAUCAUGUCUGUCUCGACGGUAUUGGCAAAGGCGUUGUUUGACAACACGGCAGAAAGCCCAGAAGAGUUGGCUUUCCGAAAGGGCGACAUCCUCAUGGUUCUUGAACAGGAGCAGAGCGGCGGGCCCGGGUGGUGGCUCUGCUCGCUGCAUGGCAGACAGGGGAUCGCCCCCGCUAAUCGCCUUCGACUCCUUCAGACCGCCCCGCCCCCUGGCUCGGACCCCUGUCGUGGCUCCAGUGAAGACUCGGUCUACCUGUCGCCUGGUGCCCCGCUGGCUCGGACCGCGAAUGAUGCGGACGGAGUUUAUCGCUCCCCGCCAGCGGUGGGCGAGGGACGAGGAGCGGGGUCGAGACCAGGGGAGCUACGCAGAACUGAGGGCGGGCGGCCACGCUCGCACUCUAGCUCUGGCACCCGGCCCAGACCUGACUGGGAUAUCGGGGUGGUGGGGCGUCCACGCUCACCCUCUUUGAGGGGACGAGGAACAGACAUGACAGGAGCGGUUUAUCAGAGCCCAGUGAGUCCCGCGCCUGCAGCAGCUCAGCAUGCGAGGCAGCCAGGAGCUCACCUGGCUUCAGAGUCUGUGUAUCUUGCCCCCAGCGGAGUGCCGAGGACAGCCGAUGAAGCAGAGGACGCUACAUAUCUUGUUCCCAGAGAAACAAUAACCACGGGGGCCUCGGAUGACUGUUACUUGGUGCCCAAAGGCACGCCUCUUGCAGGCGAUGAUGUUUACCAAUCCCCAACAGGAGGCUCUGUGGCCAGUGCUUUUUGCUCUAAUGGACCAUUGAUAACCAAUGGAACUACAGCUACCCCCCAAUCAAAAGCGAACCAGGACACACCUGGGAUGUACCAAACACCCACUUCUGCGGGAGUGAGCCUUCCGAGGACACCAGCGACAAUUCUGGCUCACCACUACCCGCCUCAGAUAACCUCUGCCCAAGCGUCUCCUCGAGCCCUGCUCAAGGGAGCUUCGCCCACCCCUGCCGCUGCCAGGGGCAAGCCCGGCCUUCCCUCUCACCGGGGAUCCCCAUUGCUUAUCAGAGCUGGCCAGGUCAGGGCUCCUGGAUCGCCAAAUUUCGCCCGCAAACCACCUCCACCAGCACCUCCAGUAAGGAGCGUCACCAGGAAGGACACGCAACCAUCACAGCUGUCAGCUGACUCUAACUCUGUCCCCAAAUCUGCUGCUCAAGCAACUUCUGCAAGCCUGCAGCAAGAAGAGGGCAAACAGAGGGCAGCCCCCCAGGGAAAGGAGGAAAGGACGAGUAAUGGCGUGGAGAAAAGCAGCAGUGUGCAGAAUCAAAAGGGAGAGAAUCAGGAUUAUUCAGAUCCUGUUGACGAUCAGGUAUACGAUACACCUCCGAAGGGCAGGUGGCAGCAUCCAGUCCCCUCUGCACUUGGAGAAGAUGACAGCAUUUACGACACCCCCCGCAGUGUGCCACCGCAGGCCGACGCUGAGUCAGAGGUCUAUGAUGUCCCCACAAUCACUCUGACUAAGGCCACAGUAGAUGUUCAGCCUGACGAAGCUGAUGAUGAAGUCUACAGUGUCCCUACACUUCCGGGCGUCCCUCUGGCACCGGGAGAGUCGACCAGCAGCCUCUGUGGGGAGGAAGUUCCUCAGGUCGGACGGGUUUCUUGUGUUCCUGGAUCCGAGAAACGAGUCAGUGGUGGAGAUAAUAGCCGUGGUGACUCUGAGCCCGAUGGUGGGAUUUAUGACAUGCCAGCUCUGACUGUCGAAGUCCUUCCUCAUUCCUCAUCAUCUUCUUCCACCUCCACACGCCGCCUCUCUGUGUCUAGUAACGGCUCUGGUGACAUGCAGUGGCGAGCUUCGCUUUCCAGUCUGGUCCACUCUGUGCUCACCACAGUCUCCAACUCGCCCUCCACUCUGUCGUCACGGGACCUGGCUACCUCACUGGCGGAAAUCCUGUCCACCUGGAAAGCCAGUCAUUCAGGGGAUCCCCUGCCACCCCUUCAGCAGGCCUGGGCACGCUUAUCGGACCUGCUCCCAGCGUUGUCUGCCGUCGGUAGCGCUCCUCCAUCCGAAGGGCUCUUGUCGCUGGUCCAGCGCUCGCUUGAGGAAAGCACCCUCCUCUUACAGGCUCAGGGCCGGCCCCGUCUGCCUUCCCAAGAAUCUCUGUCACGUAGGCCGUUGCCUGCGCUCCCGGUGCCUGAUGGGAAGUCAUCUGGAGGAGGAAUGGGUUCCCGUAAAAGCAGCUGGAUCCAGGAGAGGCCUCUGCCUCCAACCCCUCAGCCUGCUUUCCCCUUGCCUCCUACUCCAGCCACGGUGAUGCUCACAGUGGGACCUGCUGAUGAAGAAGAUGAUCCCAGCAACGAGUAUGCUGGGAUCGGCUUGACUCCCAUCCCGGCUCCAGUUCCUACUGGAGACAGUGUUGGAUAUGUAAAGCUGCAGGGUAAACCUGAACCGCCUCCUGACGCCCGCACUGAGAACGGACAGACACAAACUAUCACCUCAGAGCCACGGUUGACCCCCUCCCCUCCUCUGCCAGUGUCCCUCUCCCUGGAGGACUCAGAGCUGCUCUCCUUCUACUCCUCUCAAAGCCUCGCCCACCUCUCCUGCCUGGCGGAUGCCGUCGAUGUGCUCUUCAGCAGCGUGAAGGGAAACCAACCUCCUCGAAUCUUCGUCGCCAGAGGAAAGAGCCUCAUUGUAACUGCGCACAAGCUGGUAUUCAUCGGGGACACGCUCUCCCGUCUUCUCACGUCUGCUGACCUCCGGGCCAAAAUCACUACCUCGGGGGGACGGCUCUGCCAAGCUUUGAAGGCAGUCGUGGUGGCAACAAAGGGUGCUGCACAGAACUAUCCAUCAGUAUCUGCCACCCAGGAGAUGGUGGACCGUGUCGCAGAGCUCUCCCAGCAGGCGGCCGGCUUCUCCACUCUGCUGCAGCGUCUGGCAGAAAUAUCUUCAUGAUGUUUCUUAGUGCUUACGUUAAAACAAACAACUUUGUCUACACUACACAUCUAUCUCCUCCUCUCUGAAAUGCCUUAUUUGUUGUUACACUCGUUCAUUACCCCUGUGCUUGAAUGGGAUGGAAGGAAGCGAAGCCGAAUCCUGCGGCGAGGCGUUUGUUCCUCGCCACAGCUGUUAUCCAGCUGUUUUCACCGUGUUGGGUGUGUCGUCUGAGCGCGUGCUGGUUUGCUUUUGUUUCUCCACUGACCUCUGUGCUUUGAUGCCAGGCAAAAAUAGUUUUUUAAGUGUUAAUUUAUUGAAGAUUUUGAAGCCCCUGUGUGGUUUAAGUGUCCGUGUGGACUUCCUAUUUUGGGAGCUUUGCUUUAAUGUGCUUGC